CACAGAAAGAGUGUAGCUUCCUACAAACCAGUGAUGAUGCACCUUAUCCUCCCACCUACCAGCUUCAAAUUAGUAGGUUUUAGCGUCUCGUCUCUUGCCUCGCGGGGCUGAUUCCAGUUGUUGCUGGCACUACAGCUUCAUAAGCAGCGUUGAACUUGGAAGCAGAGAAGUAUCAUUUCUCUGUUCCAAAGGCUUGUCAGCGGGCUACAUAAAAUGGACAGAGCCCUUCAUGUAUUGAUGUUUCCAUGGCUGGCGCAGGGCCACAUCUCCCCUUUUCUUGAGUUAUCCAAGAGACUUGCAGAUCAGGGGUUGAAGAUCUCUUUUCUCUCCACCCCGGCCAAUAUUUCAAAGAUAAAGUCCUCGCUACAUGAAAAAUGGGUGGGCAAGAUCGAUAUGCUAGAGCUGCCUCUACCCUCUGUAGAGGGUCUCCCUCCUGAAGUCGACAACACCGCCGAUAUUCCCAUGGAAAUGGCAGAUCUGUUGAAGAUAGCUCUUGACGGCCUCCAGAAUCCCUUUGAACAUCUUCUGCGCCGGAUUCAACCGGACUAUAUAAUUCAUGAUUUCUCACAGCACUGGGCCGCCAAGUUUGGUAUCCCCGCCGUCUAUUUCUGCAUCUUCAGUGCCUCGGCCAUUGCUUACUUUGCAGUACCAAGCAGAAACAAGGCGGGGGAAACCACUGUGGAGGAUUUGACCGCGCCACCGCCAGAUUAUCCAUCGUCUGUCAUAGCUUACAAACCAUACGAAGCUAGCUCAGUUUUAGCUGGGUAUAAUGGCCACGGCGAUGGAGGUACGACAGUUUUGGGUCGGUUUUUUAAAUCUAUGGAGGCAUGUAAGCUUAUGCUCGUCCGAUCAUGCUUUGAAUUGGAAAGCAAGUAUUUUCAUUAUCUGGAGGCGGUGCUCAGAAAGCCGGUGGUUCCUGUCGGUAUAUUUCUACCGGCGACCGCGCCCGACGAACAGAACGAAUGCCUGCGAUGGCUGGGCAAUUAUCCGCCCAGUUCUGUUGUUUACGUGUCGUUUGGGAGCGAGUGUUUUCUGUCCAAGGAGCAGGUUGCUGAGCUGGCAAAGGGGCUGGAGGAGAGCCAUGUCCCAUUUCUGUGGGUUCUGCGCUCCCCUCGCUGUAAGGAGGAUUCCACGUCAUCAGCAGAAGAGAGAGCUCGGGCUUUACUGCCAGAGGGGUUUGAGGAACGCACGAGGGAGAGGGGUGUGGUGUACUUCAAGUGGGCACCGCAGCAGCAGAUUCUUUGCCACUCUUCGACGGGAGGGUUUGUGAGCCACUGCGGGUGGAGCUCUGUGUUGGAAGCGCUGAGAUUUGGGGUGAAGAUAAUAGCUCUGCCCAUGCAUGUUGAUCAGGGACUCGACGCCCGGCUAGUGGCCGAUGAACUUCACAUUGGCAUGGAGAUUGGGAGGGAAGAAGAUGGGGGUUUCAAAGCGGAGGAAAUUAGGAGAUGUGUGAGGGAGGUUAUGGUGGGCGACGAGGGACAGUGUGUGGCAGAGAAUAUGGAGAAGAUAAGAGAGAGGUUGUUUGGGAAGGAGGAAAUCCAAGGGAAUUAUAUAAGCGAGUUUCUUAAGCACCUUCUCUAGUUGUGACUCGGCCAAUGUUCUUACAAAUCUCUACCGUGUCUGUAAAGAUCGAAGGGUUUCAGAACUCCAGUUUGAUCCAUGUCAUGUUAAAUAAAAGUCUGUCCACUUACUGCUAUGAAGCAGAAAAUUGACCUGUUUUGUGUAUUUGUUUUAUUUGAUUAAUAUCUUAGUCAAUAUAUACAAUUAGUUGGGCCUUGCGA